ACUGCAGACCAGGCCGGGGGGGGACAACGACUUCCUGCCACUUCUCCUGUACCGCUUCUUUUUUUACGGUUAAACAUGAAGUUUACGGGGAAAGACGAAGACUUUAUGGCCGCGAACAAGCUCCUACUCCAGGGGAUAGGAUUCAAACCGACGGCAAGAAUCACGGUUGACCGGCGGCAGCCAGUUUUCUUACUGUAGAGAGAUUUUCUGGAGCCGUUUCAAGUCCGCGGGGAAGGAGAGGAAUAACAGAAAGUUGAAGGACUGGGAGAGUAAACGGAAGAAGCUUCAUAAGAAGAGUGUUUGGGUCUCAGUGACGCCAAUCAGCGCCUCUCUUCUUGGAGCCCCUUGAGGACCUGCUGAGCCUGCAGGACAGCCAGAACCAGGAGUUUAACCACCUGCCACUACCACGCUAUCACCACCUCCACCCACAACUGUACUAUCAGCACCAUCCUGCUCACCCUCACCAAGCCCUGUCCGGGACUCCCACUGGGCCUGCUGCAGCAUUGCAACAUGAGCAGCUGUUGCCACUAAUGCCCCCAGGAGAGCGUAGUGAGAAUAGCCAUACAGAUGUUUCGGAAAAAAGCAUCUUCCUCCUUGAGAAUGAGAAGAAUAACAGAAAGCGCUAGAUGGGGUAUUGACCGUGGACGGAGCUUGUCUUUCCAUGAGGUGCGUGGUCAACGUGAGGCAGAGAUGAGGGCCGCAGUUGAGGAGUCGUCCAACAGCAGCAACAGUGUAGGAGGUGGCGGCAGCACUGUCCUGCAGCGCCUCCUGCAGGAGCAAAUGAAUCGGAAUUACGUGCUGCAACAGCAGCAACAACAACAACAACAACAACAACAACAACAACAACAACAACAACAAGGAGGAGGAGUAGCAGGAGGGGGAGGUGGAGGAGGUUACUCAGGACAGGGACAGGUAGGCCCUUCUGAUGAUCACUCCAUGACCCCCCACAAUGCCCGUCAGGAGCCCCAGGGACAGGAGCUGCAAACCGACAAUGGCCUGGAGAAGCUGGGCUCCAACAGAGUAGGAGGAGGGGGUGGGAGCAGUGGAGGUGGAGGAGGUUUAGUGUCUGGAGGAGGAGCAGGAGGCAGCAGUGGAGUAGGUGGGAGUGGCCAAGGGCAGUGCCUGAACCCAGAGGACCUCCCUUCAUACGAAGAGGCCAAAGUGCAGUCCCAAUAUUUCCGUGGCCAUGGUCCUCCUCAGCCUCAGCAGCAGAACAACCAGCCCCAGCAGCCUUCUCUCCCUGCCUCAGUGGGUGCCGCCUUCUACGUCACUGGGGUGACCAGUGCCAAAGUGCGCACUGAGGGUCGUCCCACGGUGCAGCGAGUGAGCGGUGCAGGGAAGGUGCACCAGGACGAUGGAUUGAAGGAUCUGAAGCAAGGACAUGUUCGGUCUCUCAGCGAACGACUUAUGCAGCUUUCCCUGGCCACCAGUGGCGUGAAGGCCCAUGCUCCCGUCACAAGUGCCCCGCUGUCCCCCUUGCUGCCUCCGCCAGGGCCUCCGGGAGACUACUACAAACCGCAGCAUCGUGGCCCACCUCCAGACUACCCCUUCAAAGGAAUGGGCUCGCUAACAAAGCAGCAGGAGCCUGGAAGCCAUUUUUACCAGGAGCAGAGAGUGAGGGAGCACUCGAGGGAGGUGCCCCACGUCCGAUACCAGCCGCCACCUGAAUAUGGCUCCUUCAGGUCCAGUAAGGAGGGUUCAGUUCACUCCCAGAGGCCCCUUCACCAGCACAGUCCAACAUCCUCCGUCACCUCUGUGGGCUCCUUGUCCCGCACCCAGUCUUCCAUUCUCAGCAGCAUGCUGAGCGGCUCCCAUUCCUCCCAUCCCUCCUUCCCUCACCUGCACCCCCAGAGCCAGGGAGAGCCCUACCCCAGCAUGGGGUCCCGCAGUCCUCAAGGUCCCGGGUCCCACCAAGCAGGCGAGCCCUUCACUCCAGGGCCCAUUCACCAGCCAAGAGGUCAUGGUUUCCCUCAUGACCCAUAUGGCUCCACCCCAAGGAUGCACCAUUAUCAGCAGCAGCACCAUCAGCAGUAUCAACAGCAACAACAACACCAGCAGCAGCAGCAGCAGCAGCAGCAGCAACAACAGCAACAGCAGUUCCAAGGACCUCCACAUCCCCAGCCCCAGCCGCCAGUCCAGGCUGGACAUUUCCCCCACCCACACUCCUUCUCCCACAUGCAAGGGGAACCCUUUGCUAUGAUGGCACGUGCCCACCAGAUGGUGGACAUGCUGACCGAGGAGAACAGGAUGCUGAGGCAGGAGAUGGAGGCCUGUCGCGAGAAAGUCACCAAGCUGCACAAGUUGGAAACAGAGAUCCAGCUGGUGUCAGAGGCCUAUGAAAACCUUGCCAAGUCCUCCUCCAAGAGGGAAGCCCUGGAGAAAACCAUGAGAAACAAGCUGGAGCUCGAGGUGCGCCGACUGCACGACUUCAACAGGGACCUUCGAGAGCGCAUGGAGACGGCCAACAAGCAGCUCGCUGCUAAAGAGUGUGACGGCUCUGAGGACAACCGCAAAACCAUCUCCCAGCUGCUUACACAGAACAAAGAGGCUCUGCGUGAGAAGGAGAAGCUGGAGAUGGAGUUGAACGCACUGCGCUCCACCACGGAAGACCAGAGAAGACACAUAGAGAUCCGAGACCAGGCUCUCAACAACGCCCAGGCCAAGGUGGUCAAGCUGGAGGAGGAGCUGAAAAAGAAGCAGGUUUACGUGGAGAAGGUGGAGAAGAUGCAACAAGCUCUGGCGCAGCUCCAGGCAGCCUGUGAGAAGAGAGAACAACUUGAGCAUCGACUCCGUACAAGACUGGAGAGAGAGCUGGAGUCUCUCCGCAUGCAGCAGCGUCAGGGAGGCUCUCAAAGCAGUGGUGUUGCCCCGUCAGAGUACAACGCCACAGCACUCAUGGAGCAUCUGAGGGAGAAGGAGGAACGGAUCCUGGCUCUGGAGGCCGAUAUGACCAAGUGGGAGCAGAAGUACUUAGAGGAGAGUGUGAUGAGGCAGUUUGCCCUGGACGCUGCUGCCUCUGUCGCCACUCAGAGGGACACAUCUGCAGCGGUAAUAAGCCAUUCUCCCAGCAGCAGCUAUGACACGUCGGUGGAGGCACGAAUCCAGAAGGAAGAAGAGGAGAUUCUCAUGGCCAAUCGGCGCUGUCUGGACAUGGAGAGCAGGAUAAAGAAUCUCCAUGCACAGAUCAUAGAGAAGGACGCUAUGAUCAAGGUGCUUCACCAGCGGUCCAGGAAAGAGCCCAUCAAGUCGGAUGCUCCAUCUGCCAUGAGGCCCUCCAAGUCCCUGAUGUCCAUCUCGAACACUGGCUCCAGUGGUUCAGGACUGCUCUCUCACAGCCUGGGACUCAGUAGCUCGCCCAUCACUGAAGAACGCAAAGACACCAGCUGGAAGGGCAGCCUGGGAGUUCUGCUGGGUCCUGAGUUUCGUACAGAGUCUCUCAGGACAGAGUCAAUCUCAUCAUCUCCCUCCCCAGUGCUUCCCUCCACCCCAAUGACCACAGGACACUCAAAGACUGGCAGCAGGGACAGCUGCACACAGACCGACAAGGGCCAGAAUCAAGACACCAGCAAGCCCAGCACUCCAGCCCUGCAGAGCAUGACGCUGCCCGCCCGCCUAUCCAACCCCAGCCCCAUCUACAUCCCUGACCGCUUAGCAGAUGUGCCAGUGUUUCACAGCAGCACCUUGGAGCGGAGGCUACCCGUCCAGUCCCACCCGCAGCAACAGGCCCCUCCUCCAGCCCCACCCACCCAACAGGAAGUGGACAACGACAUGGUGGAGAUCCUCAUCUGACCCCAUCAGCACCCCCAAAAGAAAUCAUCCAAACGUAUAAUUAGAUGGCAGCUCGAUCAGACAAAUACAGGCCUGUACAUCAUCCCGGCUCAUCCUCCAGACCUGCCUGUCUGUGUUUGACUGACCCACACCAAGAGACAUUUUCUUAUGUUUACACAUUUCCUUCAUUCCUUCACCUGAUUAUUGUUUAUCAUCAUCUUAAGAAAACUGCAAAUUCAGAAGCAAGAAGGGUAAUUGUGAUGCCCCUUCUUGUCUCGUCUCUUUUGAAGUUUUCCUAAAUGAUGAUAUUAAUAUGAAAUGGUGACUGGAACUUGAAAAUGUAAAAAUUCACAGCUUCAUAUUUAUUUUUCUGAUGCCACUUUGUAAAAUGCCUUUGGUGCAUUCUUGUUCACAGUUGGGGCGACUGAUGUUUGAAGUUUAUUGGAAGUUAACGAGAGGUUAGACAAACCCUAUUUAAAUAACCAAUUCAGUCAAGCUGUUGGCUAUGAAAAUUGACACGGUUAACAGGAAAAGGAGUGAGCAAAGCUGAAAGCCAAAAUUGAACAUAGAGAGCAUACUACACUUCCACAAAUGUAUUUUGAACUUUUCGAUUUAAGGUGAAGGAUUUCUUUUCUUGUUGCCCCCUUGACUCACUGGGGUAGGGGACUAAGGCUUUGUUUAAAUGCACUAGUUUUUGACCUGGGGGGGAUUAGUGUCAUUGUUACUGUGUCUACAGACUAAUAGUGACCACAUUACUAACUGCAGCACCGAUGGCAUUUCAGCACAUUUGGGAAUGUCAGCAAAAGCUUAGCAUGUAGCAUGAUUGAUGAUGAAUGAUGGAAAAUGUUCCCUUGCUAGCUUGUUACUUGUUCUCUGUUAACUUUCCUGUGCUGUGUUGUGGCUGGUUAGCUCCAUUGGACCAAAUGUAUUGGCUACCUUUUUAUUGCAUUUAUUGCACUACUUAUUAUUAUUUUAUUUUUUUUACUACUUUAAGACAUCUGACAUUAGGUAUUGUAUUUAUGUGUAAUUUUAGUUUUUACCGUAGUUAGACAUGGCACUUGGGUAAUCAGAAAUGAUGUAAACUACAAAACUUUCUUAACUGGGUAUUUACAUUGUGUAUGUACUGUAAUGUCCUGUGUAACUGUGUGCCAUGGAGGGAUUUGCAAAAGUAACUGGCAUUUCAGUAGCCAUGUUUGGUACUGGCACACCAUCACAUGGGUAUAAGUACAUAUAGUGUUGGCAAUCUUUUGUGGCAUGUUGACUUCAGGCAUGAAACUGCUCAAUUUGAUGAGCUUUCCUCUUUUGUUAUCCAGUAUGGGCGGGAGUUUGUUACUGUGGCGCCAGCACUGAUCACUACUGCGCAGGCUCUGGCUCUGAGUGGCGAAAGACAGCAGCAGCCGUAUCCAGAUAUUUUGGCUUCAUUUUUGUACAGUGGGAGGAAGCGGAGACGUGACAUCCUUGUCUCAAUUUUUGCCCAAGGUUGGUCAACAUGCUCCUGAAUGUUCAUGUUUUUCGAGCGCUGCAAGAAGGAGUUAAAAGUAUCUUCCUGUGUCCACUAUGUGGCACCCACACCCACACCCAUGACUAUGACUAUAAAUAUUGGCAUGUGUUCAUGCCACGGACAGGCCAUUCAUCGAAAAUUCAAGCUUUUGAUAAAUUCACAUCGCAAACAUCUUAAGAUUGCAUGCAAUUACAAGUAGGUCAAGUUCUGUAAGAGGAGUUUUUAAGUAGAACCCGUUGAAAUGGCAAAAUGGGCUAAUAUUGCAAAUUAAAUGCAAAAUGGCCAACUUCCUGUUGGGUUGAGGGUAUGGCUUUAAGAUGGGGUUAUUUAAGUCUGGCCAUGACACGUGCCUACCAAUAACCACCAAUAACAUAUAAAAGUAAAAAUAAUUCCUUGCAUUACAAAAGGGCCAUCAAUGGUUGCUGCUAAGGCACUUAAUAUACUUGAACUACACAAAAUUGAGAUUGUGCUGUAUUUUGAAAACAUACAACAAAAGGUUUCAACUUGGCAGCCUGAAAUCAAAGUACUGCUCUAUAGGCAUGCAUGGUCCUUACAAGUACUUUAUGAACUGUUGCUCUAAAUCCAACAGGCUACAGCCUGACCAUGUCCGUACCGUGAAGGGCAUUCUCCUCCCCUCUGUAUGACUUUAACCUUGGAACUUGGCGAGAGGGGAAAGAGUGUCGGACAGUUUAGUAAGCAUGACCCCGUUGGUGGGGGUCUCUCUCAAAUAGCAGACGCUCUUAAAAGGUAUUAAUUUAGCAUUUCACUUCCCAUGCUUGAAGACCAAGAUGGAGGGGAUUUAUUUUUUAAUAUUUAAUCACAAAAUUGACAUAGAUACACUUUAUUGUGAAUAUUUGAAGGCACUUGUAUUACCAUACUUACAUCCAUCUGACUUGUUAGUAAAACAAACCAUGAAAAGUAUUUACUGACACCACGACUGAAGUUGGUGUUAUUUCAAACUUCAAGUCAAAGGGUUCUUGGUUUGGAUGUGAACAUGAACUUCUUGCAACAACCGAAUAGGUCUGCUCUUCCACCAUCCUAUUAAGUAUCGUUAUCAUGCUAGGGCAAUUUUGCAUUCAUUUACACUAUGCAUAGUGGAGUGUUGGGUAUUCACUGUGAAUGUCCACUGGAAUACAGAGCUCAACAUCUCUUGACCAAAGGUAACAAUGGAUUGGUGAUCCCUGUAAACUCAAGCUCCAUCUUAAAAAGGCAUCACAUGUUCAGUCUUAAAAUCAGUUUGGGGUGAUGUCAUUCCUCUGGUUUCAAGAACUUUGUUAAAAUAUUUUGAGACUGUUAACAGAGACUACUAGAGUCUAAAGUCUACAAUUAGUUCAAGGUAUUGGCAUGUCAGGCUUUUCCACAAAUGUAUUUGUAUAGUUCAAUGGAGUGUACAUAGUCGACCUAUGAGUGUUUUUAUGGUGGUGACAGGUGUUGCUGGUUCAACCUGUUCGACGCUGUAGCAGCAAUACAGAAAACUCGAGUGACAAAGUCAGGAAUAGCUGAGCCUUUUGAAAAUCAAAUGUUUUCUGACUUUUGUGGUUAAUUAUUACAUUUCCAGUGAGGUUAAUGUAGUUAGAUUCAAAAUGUCCACUGAAAACCAAAAAUGUUGGACCAAAGAAGCUAAGAAUGACCUGCUAACUGAUGUUGUAAUUGCGAAGAGUCAAUAGGAUUAUGUCACUAAAGGAUUGUGUUUCCUCAGAAGUUAAUUAGGAAUGCACUGAUAUGUUGUAACUACCAUUUUAGUGAGGAAUAAGGACCUAGACCACUUCUUAACCUCAUUCAGAAAAAUGGUGAACAGAACCUACAGGUGUGUGUGUGUGUGUGUGUGUGUGUGUGUGUGUGUGUGUGUGUGUGUGUGUGUGUGUGUGUGUGUGUGUGUGUGUGUGUGUGUGUGUGUGUGUGUGUGUGUGUGUGUGUGUGUGUGUGUGUGAGAGUGAGAGUGAGAGUGUGAGAGAAAUCAUUUGAAAGUGAAGUUGCUUUGCUUCCCAGCACACAUUUCAGUCCAGCGUCGCUCUGGUGUCUGAUCCCAUAUUAGUAUUGGUGGAUCCCUAAAAAGAAAGUUCCUGGUAAAAGUGUAAAAGUCUGUUGCUGGUUCUGAUGUGUUGUUCAUGAUUGUGUGAAAGCCUUACAGAACUAAACAAAAAGCACAAUGCCAGUGUUAAUAAUAAAUAUGUUCAGUAAUGUUUGCCAUCACCAGCCGAUAUGAAGUGUCCUUUAUGCUCGUACUGUGAUGUCUCUUGGUGAGCUCAGCUGAAAUCUUGAAGACAAUGGACCCUGAGGCCUCAGGUGGGAUCACUGCAGAUUUCUAAUGGUAGACCUUCACAAAGUCAUCCUUUCAAAAGCUGCUUUGUUUUUCUGGUAAGGUUUUGAAUGUGUUUAAUGACCCAGUACCAUGGGAACGAUAAUUUCCACUAAAAACAAGCCCUAAAUUGUAGCUGCAAAGUCUUUUACAUUUCUGCUGCUGGGAUUCCCAGCCUUGAAACACACGUUUCACAGAAUGUUAUCAUGUGACUGAUAUCUUAUUAAUCAGACUAGAACAUUUAUUUUGCUCCUGGUUGCAAAAGAUGUAAUCCCAAAUACUGAAUGGAUGUACAGCUGGGAUCAGUUGAGUCAUUUUCAUCUAAACACAGUGUCAUGUAACAUGCAACUGUAGUGUAGGGUCCGAAAAACCUAUUUUCCACCAACUGGGAACCAGCUCCAUUCCCAUUCAAGUACCAUUCAGAGCAUUUCAAUCUAAAAUAAAUUGGUUUAGAACCUGAAAAGUUGGUUCCCAGCUGGAACCAAAAAAUAACAGGUUUUCCUUGGGAACCAAGUUAGGGGUGUCAUAUUCUGCAGGUCAUUGUGUACUGUUCCACUCAAAAGUGAUGGAAAUGCAGGAUGGCACCAAGGUUCUAAGAAUCUUGAACAGAACUGGUUUAAGAACCAGAACUAAUUCGGUGGCAAAGGGGCUACAGUGAGCAAGGAGAUUUUUGUGAAGAAAAACAGCAUAUUUACACACAUUUAAGAAGUUGGAACCAGUGGAUAUUUGGCACCGAUGCUUAUAAAAAGACAACAAAGCAAUUUUUAAAAUGAUUGCCCGGACCUUUCUUGUCAAUCCAUGAAUAGUUUCAGCUUAUUUACUGUGCUUCCACAAGGCACUUGUAAGUAGGGAGACGUUUUCGUGCCGACUCUUAAACGAAUUACACAUACACACGGUGUCUGUAUUUUUUUAAUCCGGAGUGCUCAUUCAUUGUACAGUGCUGACUGAAAAGUUUGGACAGAAACUGCAACUGACAGAUAUGUGCCUCCUCAUCCCACCUGAGAGCUCACCACAGGCCUCGGUCCUGCUCCCAGCCUGCACCAAAGCAUCCCACAGCUCACAGUCUACCAUGCACACACUAACUGGAGUAACAGUGUGUACUAACACUUUGUGUAAGGAGGGAAUUGAUCUUUGAAGCAAUUUUCUCCACUAUGCAGUUGAAAAUAGUCCUAUUAUGUUACAAGUGUCUCUACACCUGCUACGAUAUAGAUGACAAUUUGAGGUUGAGUCUUGUUUGUCUUUACCAGGCACUUGUCACAACUGGUACUUAACUCAUUUAAGGGUACUGUGGGUAAUGUUUAUAAAAAUAUCUUUUUGUUAUAUUCGCUGAAUCUUUAUCCUGACAGUAGUACAUGAGACAGAUAAACCGUGAAAAAAGAACAGACUUUCCUUUGGCUCCUCCUAGUGCUCUUAAUGGUAUCUGCAAGAAUUCACCAAGCCUAAACAAAAACAACCAACCAGAGUCAAGAAAGAUAGUCGAUCUUUCCCCGGUGGUCAAAUAUGUAAACAAUUUGUUGAUGGCUUGAAGCUUUGGGAGCUUUUCACAGAUAAUCUGUCUCAUGUUUUACUUGUCAGUAUAUUGUGAAAGUUUGAGCAUAUAUGACAAAAAGUUAUUUUCAUAAAUAACCUACUGCAGCUUUGCUGUCUGUUAGCAUGUGGAGCUCAGUGGUCACUGUACUUGUGAUGAAUGUACAAACCUUUUUCCUGUAACGUGACGAAUGCCUGGUAAAGAAAAGCUUGAUUCCAAGUGUUGUGAAGUUUCAUGGAGAGGACUGACUUCAGCUCCUGCUGCAGUAAAGUGUGAUCAGUUUGCAAUGUUUACCAGCUGUACACAAGUCUAUUGUAUUUGUAUUGCAUUGUAUGUCAUUUUGUCUUUGCUGUACAAUCACAGUUCAUUUAAAAGCAAUUUUCUAAUUAAUCAUCUGUUCUUUUACAACAUUCAUCUCAUACAAUUUCUUAUAUUAUGGUAUGAAGUCAUUUAGUUUUCUUUCUGUAUACUUUUUCUGACAAACUCCCAAAAACGUCUCCAAAUGUUUGUUUCAUAAAUGGGUUAAGUUAGUACUAAUUUAAUUCUUUUGUUAAAUAAAUGAAUGCUGAGACUUUUAA